CCAAAACGUAUCCAUCGUCUUCUCCGUUCUUUGCCGCCACGCCUCCGUCACCGCCGCCGUCAACUCCGCCACAACCGUCACUAAAAGGAUAUGGCUCUUCCACUGCAUACACGAAAACGAGGGAGGGAAGGAGCCACGUCGGACACUGCCCGUAUCGGAGCUCGUACUGUUAUGGUAGAGAGAGAGGUCUUAAUUAAUGAGUUCGACGAACUCUGUUGGCAGCAGACGAACCUAAGAGAUGUUUUCCUCAGUAGAGGCUGGGGAAAUAUCUGCACAUUGAGGGGGAAGGUAUACCCCUCAAUGGUUCAAGAAUUCUAUAUGGGGAUGUGUGACAUGCCUCCGGAUGCAUCCUCUCACACCGUGACUGUACGCGGUGUUUCCAUUGAGGUAUCGGCAGAUGUCAUCGGCGAGCACCUCGGGAUUCAUCGAGGAGUUGAGACAUUUACACACUCAACACCCCGUGAGGAUGUAGGCACUUCUACAUCAUCUACUGGCCGGGGAUGUGAGCCAGCAUCAGCCAGAGAUGCAGGCCAGUCAGAGGCUGAGGAUACUGGCGUCGACGCUCGGGAUGAUGACCGAGACGAGGAUUUCUACAUCCUCACCGGGAGGGAUCGCAUGCAGAUCGAGCGGAAGAACGCCUUCAACCAGAACCAUCUGCUGCAUUUCUUCCGCAUGUUGCACCUUAUUGUUGCAACAAAUGUCGAUCCUGUGGCUCAUAAAACCACAUUUAGUCGGCUUCGGGCACAAUUUUUUAUACGAGUGGCACGUGGAGAUCCUAUAGAUUUGCCACUGCACAUUUUUGAGAGGAUCCGUUACGAGGCGAGCAUCGUCUCCACGGAUAAUCUCCCAUAUGGUGUCCUCAUCAGCCGACUAUUACUUGCACGGGGAGUGCCGACCCAGCCAGAGGAGCGGGUCAAAGAUCAGAUGAGCCCCCUCGACAUGACCACGCAUCGGCGUAGCAUUGGACAGGCGAGGGGACGUCAGCCACCCCCUGUAGAGGAUCUAGUUCCUCCGACGCAGCCUGAGCCAGGUCAUGUCGGGAGUAGUAGUCAGCAUACGCCGAGUACAUCUGCAGGAGAUGUGCGGCCUGCUUGGGUUGAUGCGGUCAUCUCACAGCUGACUGCGCAUAUUGAUCAUAAGAUCGAUCGAUCGCUCGAGGCUAUAUCGGCGUCUGUUGCCGAACUCACCCAUCGUGUAACUAUCCUCAACGACAAGGUUGAUACCUUGACUGAGGAAGUACGGAGUUCGACUUUUGCGGAUAACGUUAUCAUCUGACUGUUGUUUACUACAUUCUAUCAAAUUUUGUAUUUUAUUUUUAAUAUUUGUAACGAAAAAUAUUAUUGAAUAUUUUUAUCGUUUUUUAAUUUCAAUUUUUAAUCU